UCCCAAAUUCCCAACCCUCUCCGCCCGUCCCUUCUAUCUGAUCGAUCACCUGAUUCACCUCAGACCGCUCCUCCGCUGCCCACGACAUCAAACCCCUCGCGCCUUUUUUUCUUUUUGGGUCUCCUUUCAAGUUUGCGGCUGCAUUAUGAUCCGUAAGCGAUGGCACAGAUUCUGCUCCAUGGCACGCUUCAUGCAACUAUCUUUGAGGCCGACGCCCUCUCCGAUCCUCAUAGGGCUACUGGCGAUGCUCCAAAGUUCUUCCGCAAGCUUGUUGAAGGAAUCGAGGACACCGUGGGUCUUGGCAAAGGUUCCACCAAACUGUAUGCGACUAUCGACUUAGAGAAGGCCCGAGUUGGUCGGACCAGAAUGAUAGCGGAUGAACCUGUGAACCCACGUUGGUAUGAGUCCUUUCACAUCUACUGUGCCCAUAUGGCUGCCAAUGUCAUCUUUACUGUUAAGACUGAUAAUCCGAUAGGGGCAUCGCUCAUUGGAAGAGCUUAUUUGUCUGUUCAAGAGGUUCUAGAUGGGGAGGAAGUGGAUAGAUGGCUUGAUAUCUGCGAUGAGGACCGCAGUCCUCUCGAUGGAGGGGCUAAGAUCCAUGUGAAACUUCAAUAUUUCAAUAUUACCAAAGAUCGUAAUUGGGCAAGGGGUGUACGAAGUGCGAAAUACCCAGGUGUUCCUUAUACCUUUUUCUCACAGAGAAAGGGAUGCAGAGUUACAUUAUACCAAGACGCACACGUCCCUGACAAGUUCAUUCCGAAAAUUCCGCUUGCUAAUGGCGAGUACUAUGAGCCUCAUAGAUGUUGGGAGGACAUCUUUGACGCAAUUAGUAAUGCCCAACACUUGAUUUACAUUACCGGUUGGUCGGUGUACACUGAGAUCACCUUGGUUAGGGACUCUAAGCGGCAAAAGCCCGGAGGAGAUGUCACUCUUGGUGAGCUGCUCAAGAGGAAGGCUAGUGAAGGUGUUCGGGUCCUUAUGCUUGUGUGGGACGAUAGGACUUCAGUUGGUUUACUAAAGAAAGAUGGCCUGAUGGCCACUCACGACGAAGAAACUGCAAAUUACUUUGAGGGAACAGACGUACACUGUGUUCUUUGUCCUCGAAACCCUGAUGACGGAGGCAGCUUUGUUCAGGACCUACAGAUUUCGACCAUGUUCACCCACCAUCAGAAAAUUGUGGUUGUUGAUCAUGAGAUGCCUAACAGAAGUUCUCAACAAAGAAGGAUUGUCAGCUUUGUUGGUGGAAUUGACCUUUGUGAUGGCAGAUACGACACACAAUUCCAUUCUCUGUUCAGGACUCUGGACACGGCUCAUCAUGAUGACUUCCAUCAGCCAAACUUUGCGGAAGCAUCAAUUACGAAGGGCGGUCCGAGAGAGCCAUGGCAUGACAUCCACUCACAGCUGCAAGGGCCUGUUGCUUGGGAUGUUCUCUUCAACUUUGAGCAGCGGUGGAGAAAGCAAGGUGGGAAGGAUCUCCUUUUAGAGUUAAGAGACCUCUCGGACAUCAUUAUCCCCCCAUCACCAGUGAUGUUCCCUGAGGACAAAGAGACAUGGAAUGUUCAGCUUUUUCGUUCCAUUGAUGGUGGUGCUGCCUUUGGCUUCCCUGAGACGCCAGAGGAUGCCGCAAGGGCUGGGCUUGUGAGUGGAAAGGACAACAUCAUCGACAGAAGCAUUCAUGAUGCUUAUAUAAAUGCCAUCCGCAGGGCAAAGAACUUCAUCUAUAUUGAAAACCAGUACUUCCUUGGGAGUUCAUUCGGAUGGAAAGCAGAUGACAUCAAGCCCGAAGAAAUCGGGGCACUACAUCUGAUCCCUAAGGAGCUCACUUUGAAGGUUGUUAGCAAGAUUGAAGCUGGGGAACGAUUUACUAUUUAUGUUGUUGUCCCCAUGUGGCCAGAGGGUGUUCCCGAAAGUGGAUCUGUACAGGCGAUUCUUGAUUGGCAGCGUAGGACAAUGGAGGUGAUGUACACUGACAUUAUACAUGCACUACAAGCUAAGGGGAUUGAGGCAAACCCCAAGGACUACCUCACCUUCUUUUGCUUGGGCAACCGGGAGCUGAAGAGGAGUGGUGAAUAUGAACCUGAGGAGCAACCGGAACCAGAAACUGAUUAUAGCAAGGCUCAACAGGCAAGGAGGUUCAUGAUCUACGUUCAUACCAAGAUGAUGAUAGUUGACGAUGAGUACAUCAUCAUUGGGUCAGCAAAUAUCAAUCAGAGGUCAAUGGACGGAGCCAGGGACUCGGAGAUUGCAAUGGGUGCAUAUCAGCCAUACUAUUUGGCAACCAGGCAGCCGGCAAGAGGACAAAUCCAUGGUUUCCGCAUGGCUCUGUGGUACGAGCACCUUGGGAUGCUAGAUGAUGUCUUCCUAAACCCAGAGAGCUCGGAAUGUGUGCAGAAGGUCAACAAGAUUGCUGAGAAGUACUGGGACCUCUUCUCGAGCGAUAAUCUCGAUCAAGACCUACCUGGCCAUCUGCUCAAAUACCCCAUUGCAGUCACUAAUGAAGGUGUGGUAACGGAGUUGCCAGGGAUGGAGUUCUUCCCCGACACCCAGGCACGGGUGCUUGGCACCAAGUCUGAUUACCUUCCCCCUAUCCUCACCACGUAGUAUAAGUCCUCUUCGGUUGCUCUUGUUUCUUGUUUUAACUUUUCAUUUCUCCCUUUUUUAACAAUAGGAGUAUUGUGUUCGGUAAUAAUUCUUUGUGGUUAAGGAGAGAGUUGGGAGGUUGCUCGUAGUUGACAUUUUCUUGCAGCUUGUCAAGACCAAGGUUGAUACUUUGCGAUUUCUGAAGGUGGUGCUAAUUAUGUCCGAUCGUUUUUUCUUUUCUUUUCUUUUCCUCUUUCUCUCUUUUCCUCUGUUUUGGAAGAGAAUUCUAUCAGAAUUGUCAUUUGUCACCGUUUAUCGCAUAUACAAUUACCUUGCCGCAUCACUUUUGCGGUUUGUUGGAUA